UAUAAACAAAAUACAAAUACAAAUUCUUCCGUACCAUAACGCGAAAUAUAUUUCUAUUUCCAUUCUUCUGUUAUGGAAACUAAAGAAUCUGCAACUGAAAAGAAAGUUAAAUUGCUAUGGAAUCAAGCAAAUAUCCUGCCCCAAGAAAAUCACACAAUUCAGUUACUUCGAUCGUUUUACUUGACAACAUGCAAAAAGCUGGGCAGCUAUGAUGCCAAAUUACCUGCCUUGACAUUUGUUCCAUCUGUUAUGUGUCCUAAAUGUUCGUCCAUUUGGUCAGAAAGUAAAUUUUCACUUUCACUCAAACCUCUUCGGAUUCAUAGUCAAAAAGCUGAGAAAUUAGUUGAAAAACUUAAAACUGACCAAAAGAGCCUAAGUAGGAAGCAGAAGAAACGGGCUAAAUGGCUGAAAAAGAAAAUAUGCAACAAUGUGGAAAUAACGUGUGAGUUUUGCAAACUAAAAACCAAACAAGCUCUUAUCAAGACGAAGGAAAAGAUAAAAACCGAAGAAAAAGAACCUGAAAUAGAGAUACCAACGAAAAAGAAGAAAAAGAAAAAAGACAAAUCUGCUGGACUCAAGCUUGACAAAGUGAUUAAACCUCCAGUCACACUGCAACCGCAAUCCCAACCCCAUCCAAAGAAACCGAACCCAAAUCCACCUGCAAAGAAAAAUAAUAAAUCAAAAGCGCAACCAGCGAAGGCGAAAAUUGAAAAAACUAUUUCAAAAACACAAAAGCAAAACUCUCUCCUGCAGCUUGCUAAAAUGCUUAAAAGUCAAAUCCCCGUCGUGGGGACAAAACCAAAUAAUCAGUUGGAAAAGUUGCUACGGUAACGACGAUUAGUUGUAAGAGAUUUGAUCUCUUCAGAUUUGAAUAAAAAGAUGAAAAAGAUUUGAGCUAGAGAAAUGUAUAUUUUUAAAUAUUAAAUUUAAAAAUGUUAAUUGA